UUAUUUAUUAAAUAUUAUAGCUACAUUGGCUCCUGUAUUCAUAAUGGGCAGCUCCACCCACUCACUGAGUUUGUCAAUGGCGGUACAUUGAAAUCCCUCAUACAAGACGUCGAGAAGAAUCCGUUUCCUCGCGAGCAAAGAAUUCAACUCUCGCUGGACAUGGCUAUGGGAAUGGAGUAUCUCCAUGACAACGGGAUGCUUCACAGAGAUUUUAACUCGCAUAAUUGCUUGUUACGGAAGGAAGGCGACAGAUAUACAGCCGUAGUUGCCGAUUUCGGUCUUGCAACUAAAAACCCAAACCUGAUAAAAAAACUGAGACGUAACCAGUCAAUGGUUGGUACACCUUAUUGGAUGGCUCCUGAGGUUCUUCAUGGGAAGGAAUACAACGAGAAAGCUGAUACUUAUUCCUAUGGUAUAGUACUCUGUGAAAUAGUGUCACGCAAGGACGCUGAUCCUGAUGAAAUACCUAGGAAUAAUGUAAGAGAGAGAGAGGCAGAGAGAGAAGUUUUAGUAACUAUUGCAAUCAAGCUUGUCUAUUCCAGACACCUUGGUACCCAAUAAUACACUAGCUCCUGAUUAUGAACCUGUCCUUAUUUCAGAGGUUCAUUAAUACACAUUACUAUUGUAUU